CUUUGCUACUGGGACCAUUCCAAUGGGCUGGAAUGAGUGCCUCUUAGCUUUAAUCCCCAAAGUGAGUAGUCCAGAAUCCUUGCACCAAUUUCGUCCCAUUGGUUUGUGCAAUACUUCUUAUAAGAUUAUAUCUAAGAUUCUUGUUAAAAGAAUCAAGCCUUUUAUGGACAACUUAGUCUCCCCAUGCCAAGCUAGCUUUAUCCCUGGUAGAAAGAGCUCGGAUAAUGUCAUCAUUCUUCAAGAAGUUGUGUAUGCUUUCAGUAAACGUGCUGGUCGUGAAGGAGAUUUCAUUGUAAAAAUUGACCUCGAGAAGGCUUAUGAUCGUCUUGAAUGGAGUUUUAUUAGAAAAACUCUCAUCUUCUUUAAUUUUCCUCGAGAUUUUAUUAAUCUCAUCAUGUCAUGUAUUUGCACUACCUCAUGUUCUGUUCUCCUAAAUGGAGAACGCACUGAUGAUUUUCUACCUUCAUGGGGUAUUCGACAGAGAGAUCCUCUUUCCCCUUAUAUUUUUGUUUUAUGUUUAGAAUUCCUUUCUCUUACCAUGAAUAAAGGUCUUAGCAUGGGACUUUGGAAAGGUAGCAAAGUGGGACGGAGAGGUCCUACACUUUCUCACCUUUUUUUUGCUGACGAUCUUGUCUUCAUUGGUAAGGCUACUCUUGAUAAUUGUGCUUUUCUAAAAUAUGUUCUAGAUUUCUUUUGUUAUAGGUCUAGCCAAAAAAUCAAUCAAGAUAAAUCCAAGAUUCUAUUUUCGAAAAAUGUUAACCAAGAUCGUAGAGAGGCUAUUUGUAACAUCCUCGGGUUCUCACAAACUGAGUCUUUGGGCAAAUACCUUGGUAUUCCAAUCUCAAGCAAGAAAGCUAGAAAACAGGAUUAUGCCUUCAUCAUUGACAAAGUCAGGAACAAAUUGGAUGGUUGGAAAGCUAAGUUUUUCUCUUUAGCGGGUUGGAAUGUUCUGAAUCAAGUUACUGUACCUAAGCAUUUGGGAGGUCUUGGUAUAAGGAGUUAUAAGGAAGCCAAUCUAGUGGCCAUGGCCAAGUUAAAUUGGCAAUUAUUCACAGAUAAAGAGAAAUUGUGGUGCAAGGUGAUUGUUUCCAAAUAUAACAUUGGUAGUAGACCAAGGACUCUUCCUGCACAUGGCUCGCCUAUUCUAAGAUAUAUCCGGAAAAGGAAUCCUCUCUUUUUACAAGGCAUUAAAUGGAUCCCAAUUGAUGGUAGUGACAUCCUAUUCUGGUUUGACUGCUGGGCUUCUGACUAUCCUCUCGUCUCCAAGUUCUAUGGACCCCUCCUCUCAAAUGACGUGAACCUCACACUUGCAAAUGUCUUCCCACAAGGCAAGCGUAAUCUUGAUAUUAUAUCUCAACCCUUGGACAAAGACACGUUAGAAACCAUCAAGGCUACCCCAUUUUCUUUCUCUCGUCACGGAAGGGACUCUUUUGCUUGGAAGGGUUCAUCUAAUGGUCAGUUCUCUUCUAUGUCUUGUUCUCACCUCAUGAGUUCCUGUCCACAAGUCUUCCCGAUUUGGAAUUAUUUCUUCAGAGAUGAUUUUCAACUUCCCCAAACUGAUACUUCUUUCUUUGAUUGGAUUCAGAGGAACUGUACAAAAAAGAGCUACGCCCUUACUAUUCCUGCUCCGUGGGGUUCUCUUUUUUUCUUUGUUCUCUGGACAAUCUGGAUUCAUAAGAACAAAAAAGUUUAUUGUGAUCAAGAUUUUGACCCCAACGUUAUCUAUCGGUUUAUUAGAGAAAGGAUCUUUGAAUUCUUAUCUGUUCUCCCUAGUCCCAAAUUUGGCAAUCAUUCUUCAACACAAAAACUUGUUAAAUGGGACAAACCACCAGCAGGCUCCUUUAAACUUAACACUGAUGGCUCAGUCAUCAAUAAUCCAGGUCUAGCCACCUCUGGAGGCCUUAUUCGUGACCAUAGAGGAUGUUGGAUUAGAGGCUUCUCUAGGAAGAUUGGUAUUGCUUCAAGCCUUGCUGCUGAAAUCUGCGGAAUUCGAGAUGGUCUUCUUUUGGCUAAACAACUGGAUAUUCAAUCCUUAAUUGUUGAAGUGGAUUCCUUUAUUGCCUUUCAGUUACUCUCCACUGGGACUGACCAUCAUCACCCUCUAUGUUCUCUCAUUUCUAAUUGUAGAGCCCUUGUGGUGGAUCUUCCGCAUGUCCACUUGCAGCAUGUUUACAGAGAGGGCAAUAUGUGUGCUGAUCGUCUUGCUGCUAUGGCUCAUUCCCAGCAGGAAGAUUUUGUCAUUUUGGAGGGUUGCCCGUCAACCCUUUUUAUGGAGAAGGAUCUCCUUCUUUAUAGGAGUUUUAAGCACGUACCUAUUUGCAUCACCACAGGACGAAUUGCUCGGGAUGGAGUUUGAAACUUUGAAUGUAAAAUGUACUUUGAUUUUUUGUAGGGGUUUGGUACAUGCUCUCUCUAUUUGACAAAGUAAUGAUAGGAGGAUGAAAAUUUAAGAUUAAUGAUAUGGUAUAAUUAUAUCAUUUAAUUAAUUGAUUCAUAUGAU